AGAGUUACAGGAAAAAGAACAUCAGAUUGUUGAGAGAAUUAAGUGAAACAUCUCGGCGCAACGUUUACCUUAUUGUGACAUAUUACAAUGAGCGCUUAUCUCGUGAGGCUCAAUUAUGGUCUUCGUGGCCUUUCUUACAUGCAUCUCGGAAGCCAGUGCUCCACUUGUAGCUGUGCGAAAUUCCUGCAGGAGAAGCAAGUGGCAACUGUUUUCUACGUUCUGUUCAAACCAAAGGAAAUGGAUGAACUCGAUUCAGAGGAAAUGGAUGCCUAUCUUGCUGGGGACUGGGAUACGUACAAACGUUUGACUUCGAAUAAUUCGAGGCGCAUUCGCAUACAUGUUCAUCAAAAGCGAGGAAAGCAGAAACUCGGAGAGGGAUGUCAAGAAGAAUAUUACUUGCAAAGUAUCUUUUCUAUAAGACCGAUUACGCCUGGAGACUUCAGGUUGGUGAUGCACGGGAAAAAGUUGCGCAACUUCGACAUGAGCUUACACGUUAACCAUGAAUUGAAGAGCCUUGAAGGCGGAAUCACUUUGGAGUUGGAUCACGGCGACAUCAUUGAAUGCUUCCAUCGUGGAAUUCCAUGCUUGCGGGUCAUGUUCUUGCGACCUCGUGGACAUUGUGUGCAGGAGCACGAGACUCCGUCUCUGCUUUCACUUCCUUGCUUGGUAAAGAGAACGAUUCUCAAAUAUUUGAAUCCCGUGGAAACUAUGAACAACCUUGUUCCGGUUUGUCGAUCAUUCUUCGAACUUGUGAGGAAUGGAGGCAUUUGGACUAACCUGGAGCUUCCCAGGCAUGUGCUUUCUUCUGCCCCUCUUGGACACCUGAAUGGCUUCUUUAAUGUUUUUGCGGGGGUACGUGUGAGAAACGCCCGGAGGCUUGCAAUGGACUUUGAUCGAGAUAUGAACACAUUCUAUGACCCACCUGAUAUUACCCGUCCAUUUAUCAAAUCUGUCGGUUGCUGGAAGAACCUGAUGUCACUCGACAUUUAUUCCUGGGAUGAGAAGCAUUCUUUAAUUGCAGGCCUCAAAAACGAAGCGUUCGCCAAAUUGAAGCGAUUGCAUUUAUCGUAUAUUUUUGAUAAGUGGAAUCCGAGAGGUCGCGCAACGACGUUUCCUGGUAAUAACCCAAGUGCCCAGGCGGAAUUUAUUUCCUUCCUCGGCUCUGGUGUGCUUCGAAGUCUUCAUGCUGAACACCUUCCGGUUAAAAUGGAUAAGAAAGCUUGGAUCUUGGCUCAAAAAUCGGGAACAUUUUCCAACUUGGAGUCCCUCAGCUUAUGUGAAGAUAUAUUUGAGAAGAUGCCGGUUUUCUAUGAGCCAGAUUUGAAGUCUCUCUGGUUACAAAAUGUGAAACCCGGAAGAGCGGUUCAGCGCUUAAUGGAAAUGCCGUCAUUGGAAAAACUCUUCGUUAUGUGUGGUCCCGACGCAGAGGCUAGUAUCAGUGACGGACAAGCAUCCGGAAUGGCUGAACCGAAGUUGAUUCGAGCCUUCGAUGACUACCCCAAGGAAUGGCUGGAAAAUCUGAAAUACAUCUCUGACUACGGUUUCGGGAAAACGUUCGUUCCCUACUCAAAAAUGAAAAACUUGGAAUGUGUGGCUUUGUCUUCUCUGCGUCAUAAUGCGGGUAAUGCUGAUGUCGAUGAUGGAUCCUCUGAUGCGUGUGUCUUCGAAGAACUUCGUUGGUGUUCCAAGCUGAGAGGACUUGUUGUUCACGUACCAUACGAUGAUAUUCUGAAUAAUGGCUUCAGCAAAAUGCCUCAGAAAUUGGAAUUCGCUGCAUUUUCUGGCCGCGUUAGCGGUGUGGUAUCCGCCCUGAAGAGUUUUGCUGAGAGUCAAAAUUCGCUGGAUGAUUUGUGGAUACAUGUGUCCUUCCCGAAGGACGUGGAAGAAAUUCUCCGAGCUUUGACGAGUUUCGAGCUACUCAAAAAUGUUGUACUCGUGCUCAAGGAGAAGUGUGCCGUCAAACACUCAAUGGCCUACUACAUGGAAGUAAUGAAGAAGUGUUGGGGGUUGCCGUUUGAUAUUGAGGGAUCAUCACCGAAGACUGGCUCUGGGGAUGAUUUCUUUGUGAAGCAAGUGACGUUGCUUAUUGAGCGGUCCACUCAUAAUUAUACCUUCCACACGUACAACUUUGAGCUCGAGAGGUAUACAACAUUCUUUUCUUCCCGCAUUCCGAACUUUUUCUCUGACUGGUUCAAAAACGUCCCGUGCUGCAGAGGAACUGACGAGUCUUCGGCAAUUCCGCCAUUUUCUUCAACAGCCGCCUUCACAGCCGCCACUUUGGCAGCUGCAAAGGCGGCUGUUGAUGAAAAUGGCGGAAUAGCCUUGGAAGACCUGGAGGCAACCCUUGGAAAGAAUGCCAAGUGCAUCAUGAGUGCUUACAUCAUGAAGAUAAACUAUGGCCUUCAAGACCUGGCCUACCUUGAGUUAAAGAGGAACCAUUCGUCCAUCAGUGAUUCAGGAAUAUGUCAAAAUUUGACAGAAAGAAGCACAACUGCAGCAGUGUUUUACCUUGUAUCGAAAAAUGUCAUGAAAACUCCCGACAUUCCUCACAUUCCUCUG